CGGCGAGAGCGAGGGACGACGGAAGGGACGGGAAGGUGUGGGCGCGGGGCCACGCAGCCCGACGGCGGGAGUCGCAGGUGCGGGGUGCAUGGGCCAGUGAGGACGCACAGAGAUCCCUCGCCGCGCGGAGGAGGAGCCGCGCGGGAGCCAGGCGCUGCCCCAAGACCCUGCGUCCGAGCGAGCGGAACCUCGCGCUUCGCCCGGGGACAGUCCGAAGUGCGCGCUAUGGAAGAGGAGAAAUAUUUGCCUGAGCUGAUGGCAGAGAAAGAUAGCCUGGAUCCAUCUUUUGUGCAUGCAUCGCGCCUUUUGGCAGAAGAAAUUGAAAAGUUUCAAGGUUCUGAUGGAAAAAAGGAAGAUGAAGAAAAGAAGUAUCUUGAUGUCAUCAGCAACAAAAACAUAAAGCUCUCGGAAAGAGUACUGAUUCCUGUCAAGCAAUAUCCAAAGUUCAAUUUUGUGGGGAAAUUGCUUGGACCAAGAGGAAACUCCUUGAAGAGGCUACAGGAAGAAACAGGUGCUAAAAUGUCUAUCCUGGGAAAAGGAUCAAUGAGAGAUAAAGCUAAGGAAGAAGAACUAAGGAAGAGUGGGGAAGCCAAAUAUGCCCACUUGAGUGAUGAGCUUCAUGUAUUAAUUGAAGUGUUUGCUCCACCUGGGGAAGCUUAUUCACGUAUGAGUCAUGCAUUGGAAGAGAUUAAAAAAUUCCUGGUUCCUGACUACAAUGAUGAAAUUCGUCAGGAACAACUGCGUGAAUUAUCUUACUUAAAUGGCUCAGAGGACUCUGGUCGUGGCAGAAGUAUUAGAGGCAGAGGGAUCAGAAUAGCUCCCACAGCUCCUUCCAGGGGCCGUGGGGGUGCUAUACCUCCUCCCCCACCACCUGGACGAGGUGUUCUCACCCCUCGGGGAAGCACUGUAACCCGAGGAGCCCUUCCAGUGCCACCUGUAGCAAGAGGUGUCCCUACUCCUCGAGCCCGGGGGGCCCCAACAGUGCCAGGAUACAGGGCACCUCCUCCUCCAGCCCAUGAAGCUUAUGAAGAAUAUCCAUCAUUACCACUUUCCUUGUUUUUUGAUACAGUGGCAAAAUCUCACCAGGGUUAUGAUGAUGGCUACGGGGGUGAAUAUGAUGACCAGACCUAUGAGGCUUAUGAUAACAGCUAUGCGACACAAACGCAAAGUGUGCCUGAAUACUAUGACUACGGUCAUGGAGUAAGUGAGGAUGCCUAUGACAGCUACGCACCAGAAGAAUGGGCCACAACCCGCUCUAGCUUGAAGGCACCACCGCCGAGGUCAGCCAGAGGGGGAUACAGGGAACACCCCUAUGGUAGAUAUUGAAGGUCCUUCCCACCUGUGACCUCACCUCAAAGACAAUUCAUAGCCUGUGGUCUCCACAUAAACAGCAACAACACAAGUACCCACAAGCAAAGAACACAUAAUUGAAUAACCGAUGUGAUUUGCUAAGAAGGAUGGAGGUGAAGAUGUAUGAUAGAAAAACGAAAAGCUGGAAUAAACCCAAGACUGGCUGUCUGGAGGUUUAAUGUUUUUAACAAUGGAGGCCAAAAAAGAAGAUAAUUUGGAUUUGAACCAAUCACCAGUCAAGCCAGGGUUCUUUUGCUUUUUGGUUGUUGUUGUGGAAACGAUGUCAGAUGUUCAUAUUUUCCCAGUGGAAUUUUACAAUACUUUUGGAAACAGUUUCAUAGGGUGAAAAUAAUAAGAAGAAAGAAUGAAAACAAAACACAGAUGGGAAAAAAGUACGAUUUUCUUCAUCUCAACUCGCCUCACCACUGCAGAUCCAAGCCUGACACAGAGCCUAACAGAACAUUGUGGACACAAGUCAUUCUAGCCACAUCUGAUCUGUCUGAAAAAGCCACUGGGAGUGAUCGUCGAUGAACAAAGGAACUGCAUGUGAAAGCCUUUUUAAAUCCUUCUAUAUAAUUUUAAGUUUAUAUUGAACUAAAUAAAAAACAAAAACAAUUUUAGUCCCAACUCUGACUUAGACUUAAAGCAUAGCUCAGUGUGAAAUCUAAAAAUGUGGUUAAUAAAUGACAUCUCUGUCAUUGUCCCAGUUUAUCAACAUAAUGUUCACCACUCAGAAUUUUUAAAGUAAUAUUAAUUACAGGAUUAAUUACAAUGGCAUGCUAUUUUGGCACUUUAUAAAACUUAAAUGAUAUAAAUGAGUAUUAUGUAAGUCCUUUUUGAGAGGACUUCUGGAAGAUUUAAACAUAAUCAGUGAACAUAUGGAUCUAUUUUCAACACUUGAGUAAUGUAAAGGUAUCUCAAUCUAUAUAUUAAUAUAUACUCUUUUAAUAACGAAUUGCCCUUGGGCUCCAGUGUUUGUUUACUCAUUCUUAUAUUUGGCAAACAUGUGUGGAUACAUCUAUUAUGUGUUAAGUGCAGUACAAGGGACUGGGCACAUGAGGAUGUGCAAGACAGAGUUCCCCAUUUUUAAGGAGUUGGUGUUCUCAUAAAGGAGAAAAAAUUAAAAUGGCACAUGCAGAAAAAUAGAAAAAGUGCUACUGUAGAUAGGAGCACUUAGGAGAAUACCUAAGCCAGAUUGCAGAUUUUGUAUUUUAAUGUUGUUUUUUCUUUUUCCAGUAAAUUUAAAAUUCUGACAACAAUCUUAGAAAUUACCUAUAAAAAUGGCAGUGUGAACAUGUGGCAUCUGUAAAUUGUUCAAUAUCCUCACAGUGUGUAAAGGGCCUGUAGGGAUCUAUAGCAACAAUUAUUUUUAAAAUAAGUUCAUCAAAUACUUCCCAUAUUUUGACAUUCUUAUGAGAUCUUUUGAAGCCCUCCACAUUUCAUAUUUGGAGAGUAUCUUUCUGAGUCAAAAUUAUUGUAUUCCCCCCCCCGUUUCUGUGUUUUUCUCUAAACAAGUAAGUUUGGAAAUGGUUCUUUUCUUUGGCUGGUAAAUGCAAUUUAUCUGCUUUUGGAAGAAAAAUAAGAAACACUAAAAUACCUGUGGUGAAUUUUCGCUUCUGUAAAUGGGUCACACUUUGUCGAAUUCUGAAUAUAUUAAGCCUUUGUGGAGUUCUGUUAUUCUCAAAUACUAGGUUGCUGCACUGGAUAUCAAAGGGUAAUUUAUUUUGUUAUAAGUAGACUUUUACUCAGUUCUUUUUUUAACCUCAAAACAUGAAUACUUCAAAAAAGGUAACUGAGAGAUAAAUUAGAAUUUUUAAGCAAAGAGAAUAUUAAUUUUCAUUUAUAUUUGUGUAAUUGCACACUGCUCUUCAUGUAUGGGAAAACUAUUAUUGUGACCUGAGAUCUGUAGGAUAUCUGCUUUGUUAAUUUUCCUGUGGCAGCGAUGAAUUUGAGGUGAACCACCCCUGAGAAAAUGUUCAGUGACCCUGCCAGAAGAAGUAGCUUCAACCAACAGAGCGAUGAAAAUUAACCAUCUUCAUAGGGAUUGACCUAAAGCAUAGGCAACAACAGAAUUACAUAUAAACAAAAGUAGAAAAUAUAUGUAAUCAUGAAUAUGCCAUUCACAAUCAAUUGCCUAAAAGUUUUAAAUUUCAUAUGACGUUUUACUUUUUGAUUUCUAAAUUAUUUUUCACAGUUGUUUAUGCUGUAAUCUUAUUUGUUAGGAUGAACUAAUGUAUUCUACUAAAUUUCUCAACCAAGAUAAUAAAAUAUGAUCUGGCACAUUCUAAGUCCUGAAGUAUUUUUAUUCUAGUAAAACGCCUAGUACAACGCAUGAAGUAUAAACGCUCCUUAAGUGUUUUCUUCCUCCUUUACUGCACUGGUAUUUAUCAUGAUAAAUUAUUUGAGUUUGCUAAAUUCUCAUACUAGGACUUUAAAGUAUCACAUAUCACUUUCUUCUAAAGAUCAUUUGGUAUCCAAAUAACAUUUAGGUAUAUCAAAAUUUAUUUUGACCACAAGUUUCUAUUGGCCAAACUCAUAAUACUUGGUGCCAAUCCUUUCACAUAGUCCUAUCUUCUUUCAAGAAAUUUUCAUAAUGAUGAGAAAACAGUAGCAGAAGCAAUGUUAAACGAAAGGAUAAAGGACACUAGUACUUUCAUCUAGGAACCAACUUUUACCUUCUUCUCUGUUUAUGUUUAUUCUCAUGUCUCUUUCAAAAUCUAUAUUUACAUCUCAAGAGAGUUUCACAGAUAGUCUUUGAACCAGUUAUCAGUUGGAUGCUCUUGCGGAUUGAUUUAUAGUUUUCCUCUCUCCUCUAGUGUUGAUGAAAUGACCAUUCCUAAGGAAAAGCCACUGGAGACAAACUCAGAAUCCAGAUUCACAUUCAGAUGAUUUGUGUUUUCCCCAUAACCACCCUCCUAGAUUCAGGUUCCCAUUGCCCUACACUCAGGUUGUUUAACAAAAUAACUAACUUAUGUCUCCACCUCCAAUCCCCUUUCCAUCUGAUUGAUCUACAGACAGAAAGCUUUAGGAGAAUUUCUGCCUUAUUCUUGCUCCCAGCUUAAAAAUUCAAAUGACCUCCUGUUUCUAUCAAGUUGGAAUUCUCUGGUUGACAUUCAAGACACAAUACUAACUCAUCUCUGAAUACCACUGCUAUAAUUACUUGUCACAGUUCAACAGAUAGCCCUUUACACAAACACUCACAAAGACGUAUUUGAUAUUUAGACUUAGUUCAGCCACUACUUCUUUGAAAAUAUUUUCUAACCCUUCCCCCUUGCUCCUGAAGUGGGUUAGGUAUUCCCCUCCCAAAUUACCUCCAGCAAACUUACCAGAAAAUGUAACACACUGUAUUGUCUUUUUUUUUUUUUUUUUUGGCUUAUUCAUCUGUGUCCCCUAUAAAGAUAUAAGUUUCCUUAGGGCAGAAGGAAACUAUUUGUCUUUAUAGCUCCAGUAUCUAACAUUAUGUUAGCAUGUAAGCGGUGCUCAUAAACUGUUUGUUUAAAAUGAUGGCAUGUCCUGAAUAAGUAUCGUGUUGCUGAUCCUGAUGCCAAAAACUUAGUGAUGUGUCUCUUCUAAGUAAAUGGCUGCCUUUCCCUUUUAUCUUUCUUUAUGUUUCUUCCUACUUCCAAAAUUUGUAUCAAAUUUAACUUCCUUGGAAAAAAUCAGAUAUUCUUCAAAGAAAGACAGAAGUGUUACUUGAGAACCCAAGCUGAGACAAAGCAAUUUGUUUCCAAAGCAAUCCUGCCUCUCACUGAAGAGUCUAAAAAACCACAGAAUACGAAGAGACAAAUGGACAGCAUAUGCAGAAUCCUGAUAUAAGAGUUCACUAUUCAACUCAGCACUAAAAAUAUACACCAAACUCCAAAAUGUCAUCUUUGGGACAGUUUAUGUCCCCCAUGUUUAGAGCCCAAGCUCCCCUCCCUUGGCAAUGUGAUGAAAUCUGUCCCCUGCUCAAUACUCUUGCCACUGUUUCCAGGCCACUCUCUUCUCUGGCUCAAUGUCUGAGGACUCCUAGGAAACCUCACUUUUUUGGUAGCUAUUCUACACCUCCUUGUUUCAGGCACCAUUUGGGAAUUUCUGUUCUGUAAGCAUACAACUCACUGCUGCCAAAACAAUGCUUGAUUGCAUGUGAGACAUUUCCUAGGAAGCCUUUCUGAAUCCAUGUAUGUCUGGUUUGGUUACAGAUACUUUCCUCCAAAUACAAUCCUGUUCACCAUGGAAGACAUUAAAACCUUCAGUGAUUGCUGCUGGGGGCCUUCACCAAAAUGCAGCCAUUCACCUUUGCUUUUGCUCUACCUACAAAAAAUGUUCAUUGGCUCACUCCCGAAGUCAACUUUGAUCCAACGAUAGUCUUCAGUUACCAAACCUUAUCACACAUCUGUAAAACUGGAUAAUAAACAAGUGUUUAAAAUA